AUGCAGUACUCCUGGACGGCUCGCAAGGCCGAGAAGAUCCAAGGCUACGCGAACCAUAACGAAUGGAAGAACUUCUUUGCCUCUAUCAAGGCUGUCUACGGUCCGCCAAAUAAGGCAACUGCCCCUCCUCUCAGCGACGACGGCAGGACCCUACUCACUGAGAAGACACAAAUUCUACAACGAUGGAUCAGACACUUCAGAGGCGUCCUCCACCAUCUCCGACGCUUCAAUCGCCCGUCUGCCUCAAGUGGAUACCAACGCUGAUCCCGACUACCCGCCCUCUCUCCAAGAAGCAAUCAGGACCGUGCAGCCGAGCUCCAGUGAGAAAGAGUCCGGCCCAAACGCUAUCCCUGCUGAUAUCCAAAGGCACGGUGGUCCACAACUCGUGGAUCAUCUGACGGUGCUCUUCCCGGAGAUGUGGCGUCAAGGAGAAUCUCCGCAGGACUUCAAGGACGCCACAAUCGCGCACCUCUGUAGGCGGAAAGGUAAUCGCCAGCUCUGCGACAACCACUGAGGUAUCGCCUUACUGAACAUCGUCGGGAAAAUGCUCGCUCGCAUUCGCCUCAGCUGUCUAAACAGCCAUCUGGGUCUCCUGUUGGAAAGCCAGUACGACUUCCCCCCUCAUUGUGUGACCAAUUACAUGACCUUCGCCGCCCGCAAACUGCAGGAGAAGUGUCAGGAGGUGCGGACCCACUUCUACUCUACCUUCAUGGAUCUGACGAAAGCCUUUGAUACGGUGAAUCGUGAAGGACUGUGAUAAAUCAAGCAUAAAUUGGGCUGUACGGAACGGUUCACUCAGAUGGUACGUCGGUUCCACGGUGGCAUGAUGACACGAGUCGCGGACGAUGGGGCUGCCUCAGAGGCAUUUGCAGUGACCAACGGAGUGAAGCAGGGCGGCGUCCUCUUGCCUGCCCACUUCAGCCUCUUGCUCUCUGCCAUGCUGAUAGACGCCUACCGCGUCGCCAACGGGAUGGACGGCCACUCCUUAAUCAGCUGCUGAUACGCUUCCAGUCACGCGUAUCCAUAACGACCGUACGCGAACUUCUGUUCGCCGACGACUUCGCCCUAUAUGCAACUGCCGAAGGAGACAUGCAAAGAAGCAUGGAUCUCUCCUCCGCUGCCUGCAAGAACUUCAGUCCGAUCAUUAACACGGAGAAGACUGUGUUUAUCCACCAAUCGGCACCCAGCACUGCCCACCACGUGCUCCAAAGAAGCGUAAACAGCGCUCAACUGCAAGUACUGGACAACUUCACGUAUCAGGGUAGCAUCCUCUCUCGCAGCACCAAAAUCGACGAUGAAGUGGUCCGCCGGAUUUCCAAGGCCAGUCAAACCUUCGAUCGUCUUCAAAACACAAUCUGGAGUCGUCACGGUCUUCAACUUAUCACAAAACUGAAGAUUUACAAGGCCGUCAUGCUACCGUCGUUGCUGUAUGGAGCAAAAACCUGAACGGCGUACAUGAAGCAGGCACGUAGACUCAACCACUUCUACCUCAGUUGUCUUCGUCCAAUACUGAAGCUGAGGUGGCAUGUGCGGAUCCCAGACACGAACGUACUGGAGCGGACUGCAAGUCUCAGCAUCCACGCUAUGCUGAGGCCAAUUGGGCUACGCUGGAACGGACACCUCGUACGGAUGGAUGACAGAAGGCUACCAAAGCGACUCUUUUAUGUAGAUGUCGCGACGGCUUCGCGCAGACAAGGAGGUCAAAUCGGGAGCCACAAGGAUACUCUGAAAACCUUCCAGAAGCCCCUGCAGAUCAACCCGCCUCACAGCGCCGACGCUCAACACCUCCUACUUGUUCACGAUGCCAACGGACAUUCCGGGCGCCAAUUGGGCUUGUUGGACAAUUUUUGGCCAACUGCAGCACCCGGACUGCAUCAACCGUCGUCUCUCUGUUCACCUCUCCCCCGCCUCCCACGCCGUCAAGUAACGUUGACCGCCCUCCCAAACCACGAUUACCAUCCUCCUCCUCCUCCACCGCCUCAACGUCUGCCGCUGUGGCGUCUGUCAUGCCCAUCAACCCUACACACAAUUCUGACACACCAUCAAACACCAACACCACCGCCGUCAACGCCAGUGAUUAG